AUGGAGUGGACAAUAAGUGUUACAACUUUACUGUCAGUGUUAAAUGCUGCACUUUGUUUCAACAUUGAUCCUGUGGCUUGGAAGACCCUGAGGAACUCUGCUGCUGGUUUUGGCUACCAGGUGGUGCAAAGACAAUCAGAUUUGCUCGUCAGUGCACCACUUGAACAGUAUUCACAAAAUGGAAGAGGGAAAAUAUAUAAGUGCACCAUCUCCUCCCAAAACUGCCAAAAUAUUGAAUUUGAAGCACCAGGUUUUGCAGUCAACAUGUCGCUUGGUUUAACAAUGAAAAGUGAUCCCACAGCACAAAACACUGUGGUGUGUGGUCCAACCAUUCCAAAUGACUGCAAAAGUAUCACCAUGUACAACGGUGUGUGCUUUGAGAUGGAUCACUCUAGUACAUUUGGAACACCCAUACCUGAUUUUAUUCAAGCGUGCCCACCCCAAGCAGACAUUGCCUUUCUGUUGGAUGGUUCAAUCAGUGUGUCUUCUAGAGAUUUUCAAACAAUGAAGAAGUUUGUGAAAGAUCUAAUCCAGUCAUUGCUUUCGACUGAUACACAGUUUUCUGUUUCCCAGUUCUCUACUUCACCACAGGUUCAUUUUUACUGCACAAAAUUUUCAUCAUCUAGAUCACUGGAGACUACCAUCAAAGAAAUUAGAAAACUAGGAGGAACUACUUACACAGCAAAGGCCAUCAAACAUGUUGUGGAAAAAGUUUUCAUACCACAAAGAGGUUCCAGACCAAAUGUGAAGAAGGCCUUGAUAGUAAUUACAGAUGGGCAAUCCCAUGAUCGAAAUCAUCUGCACAGUGCAGCACAGCUAGCAGAGAGUAAAAACAUUGUUCGAUUUGCUAUUGGGGUGGGGAAUGCAUUUACUAAAACUGAAGCAAAACGAGAACUGCGCACCAUUGCAUCAUCUCCUUCAGACAAACACGUGUUUCAAGUGAAGAACUUCAACGCACUUGAAAUAAUAAGACAGAAUCUGAGGGACAAAAUUUUCUCCAUUGAAGGAUCUCAAACCAGUGGACAGUCACUGAAAAUGGAAAUGUCUCAAGAGGGAUUCAGUGCAGUUUAUGUGCCUGAGGGAAUUCAAAUGUCUAUUGUUGGUGCAAACCAGUGGAAGGGAGGCUACAUGCAAUACACAACAGAGGGCCAGAAAGUGAAAACAUAUGAGGAUGUGUCUUUGGAGCCUGACAGUUAUCUUGGUUACUCAAUGGCAAUUGCUAUAACCAAAAAUGGCACACUGACAAUUGUUGGUGCUCCAAGAUAUAAACACAGAGGAGCUGUGGUCGCUGUUAAAAGACAAAGCUUUGAAAACCAAAAGAUUGAGCCCUUUUCAUCACAGUAUCAGACUGGUGAAUAUUUCGGGGCAGAGGUGUGUACCAUGGACAUAAAUAAUGAUGACAUCACUGAUCUAAUCUUCAUAUCAGCCCCAAUGUACAUGGAGCCUGAUAGAGAGGGAAGAGUUUAUGUCUGCAGAUUAACUGGUUUGUUUGUUGAGUGUAAUUUUGAUGAUCCAUUAGUACUAAGAGGACAUGCAGCUGUCAAAGGAAGGUUCGGCUCUUCUCUUGCUGUACUGCCUGAUCUAAACUCAGAUGGAUUCAUGGAUUUGGCAGUUGGAGCACCUUUGGAGAAUAAUGGUGAAGGCAGCAUCUACAUAUUCCACAGUGAAGGAGGAGGAAGAAUCAUUCCUACUUACUCACAGAGAAUUACUGGCUCUGAGGUCCAGUCAGGACUAAAGUUCUUUGGCGUGUCAAUCAGUCAGUCGUCUUUUGACCAGAGUGGUGAUGAACUUACUGAUUUAGCGGUGGGUUCAAAGAGCACAGUUGUCUUACUGAGAUCAAGACCCAUAGUAAUGGUUGAAGCUGAGGUGUCAUUCAGCCCAAACCAAAUUCCUACUCAGAAUAUAGACUGCUCAAAACCAUUGGAGAACACAGCUGAAAUCUGCUUUACUAUGAGUACAAUAUCUACAGUCAAGACAGCUCAAGCGAGGAUUAAUUAUACUUUAACACUGGAUGCCACUCGCAAGCCUCCAAAAAAACGAGCUUACAUCAGUGGGAAACAACAAGAGGAGUCCGGAUCAGUUAUUAUUGACUUAAGAAGAAAAAGGUGUUCAACUGUAAAAUUUCUUAUUGAGGCCUGUCCAGAAGAUGCUCUUAAUGAACUUUCCAAUGAUCUUGAAUUUUUGUUUUAUGGGUUGCCCUCCAACACAAAUCUCAGACCAAGUCUUUCCCAGCAAGCUCAAACAACAACAAUUUAUCCAUUGGGGUUUGAGAUUAACUGCAGCACUGACAACAAAUGUGUUGAUAACCUGAAAGUGGAUUUCAACUUCACCAGAUCCUCAGUGGUAAAAGUGGGCAUUGAUGAGCUUUUGAAUGUCACAGUCACAGUGGAGAACAGAGGAGAAAACUCCUACAACAGUCGUGUUAUUCUCACGUACCCAGCUGGACUCUCCUACAGGAAGUUCACCAUUCAGCAGGGAAGAAUUGAGUGCAACUCCUUGGACAGUGAAGAUGGUUUAUCACAAGGAAAGACAGACUGCACCAUUGGCAAGCCAAUUUUCAAGAGCAAAACUAAGGCUUCCUUCAUUGCCUCCUAUGAGAUUAAAACCAACUGUCAACUUGAGAGGAAGAUUUUUGUCACUGCAGAUAUCACCAGUGGAAAUCAGGAGCAUGCCCCUUCAAGUGAACUCUACAAAAAGCAAUGGAUUGAUGUGAAAUACAGCAUCUUUAUGACAUUUGAAAGCUCCCUUAGCUACAACAAUUUCACAUUUGGGAUGACAUUUCAGAAACCAGUUCAACAGUCAAUCAAGGUUACAAAUGACAUCAGAGCACUUAAUUUCACUGUGGUGAUCAGGGUUCCAGUGAAACUUGGUGAAAAAGACAUUUGGGUGGAUUUGAGCAGCCUACAGAUUUCAGACUGUCAGAGUGGAAAUGAUGAAGAACCAGGUGUCACAGAUUUUGUUCCAAAGAUACAAAAGGAUAAAGUGGUGGACUGCUCUGUAGCCAGGUGCAGAGUGUUCAAGUGCAACACAUUCAUGGCAAGGCUGCAGAGUAGGACGUACAAAAUCUCUGCCAACCUCAGUUCAGGAUGGAUAGAGCAGAUUGGACUUCAAUCUGCCAAAUUCCUCUUGACCAGCACAGCCAGUCUGGAGUACGAUGAAACCCAGUACAUCUACUUUUCAACAGGGUCCAACAGUAGUCCUCCUGUAUACAAGAUAGAAGCAGAAGUAGAAGUGUAUCCAGAGCCAGAUUUCACCAAAGCGAUCGUUGGAGGAUCCCUGGGAGGGCUGGCCUUUCUGGCUUUACUCACUGUUGGCCUGUAUAAGGCUGGAUUUUUCAAGAGUAAAUAUAAACAGAUGAUAACUGAAAAUGUAAAAGACAGCAGCUAA